AUGCAGCCUCGUUUCCGCCAACGAAACGAGGAUAGUGACGUUGAAUCCUCCGUGGCAAGCGAUGAAGAUCUUGAUCGUUAUGAAGAUGAUUUCGUUCUAGAAGAUGGGACUCUCGGCGCACCGAGCAGUCUCCCGGAUAUGCCAUUCGAAUUCACCCGUCAUGCAUACAAGCAACUGAAGGAUUACUUCCAAGACGCAGUGGAAUGGAUGGUAUUCAAUCAGCUUAAUCCAGCCUUUGAGCGCUCUAGCCCAGUCUACCAAGUCGCAUUUUCAAAAUUAGAAGAUGAGGUUAAAGGCCGGACUGGAUCGCAGUUGAUUUCCUCGGUUUGGAACGCCAACUUCCGCAACGCCCUCAUGGCAAGGCCUCACAUGGAAGUUACCGGAUAUCCAACGCUAGAGAACCAUCCUUGCGAUGCCUGCAACCGAUCCGGCCAUCCAGCCUCCUCCGACAUGAAGCUGCAUGGAAAAGCAUACUCAUUGGAGACGUUUGAACCGUUGUCGGAUGAGGCUAGUGACGCCGAAGAGGAUGGACAAGAACGGGAUCGAAAUGGACAUGUUCUCCCCGAUGAGAACACUCGAUUCUUGCUGGGAAGACGCUUGGAUAGUGCCUCAUCCAAAUCUCCCUAG